CUGCUUAAAGUAAUUCAUUUUUCUUUAGUACAAGAUAUGGAGCAAUUUUAUGAACUAUGGCUAAAGAGUCAAAAAAAUGAAAAAAGUGAAGAUGUAGCCAGUCAGUCAAACAAGGAAAAUGGAAAACAAAUUCACAUGCCAACAGAUUAUGCUGAAGUUACAGUGGACUUUCACUGCUGGAUGUGUGGCAAAAACUGCAACAGUGAGAAGCAGUGGCAGGGCCACAUCUCCUCCGAGAAGCACAAAGAGAAGGUUUUCCACACCGAGGACGACCAGUACUGCUGGCAGCACCGCUUCCCAACAGGCUAUUUCAGUAUUUGUGAUAGGUAUAUGAAUGGCACCUGCCCAGAAGGAAACAGCUGUAAAUUUGCACACGGAAACGCCGAACUUCAUGAAUGGGAAGAAAGAAGAGAUGCCCUAAAGAUGAAGCUCAACAAAGCACGAAAAGAUCACUUAAUUGGCCCAAAUGAUAAUGACUUUGGAAAAUAUAGUUUUUUGUUUAAAGAUUUAAACUAAUAUGCUGGCUUUUAUGUAUGAUACCUAAUCAGAGCAUUGACCAGAAAAAUUGAAAGUGUUCUAAGGCACAUAGCAGAGGAGCUGCAGAUUUUCUGCUUGUAUUGGCGUAUAUCGUUCCUCCUGAGCAGCAACCCACAGUAGGUAGGAAAAUGGGCUGUUUCACAGGCCUGGCCACGCUGUCACAGAACCAUUGGCAUCAGAUGGUGAAGUGACCGCUACCCGGUUGCCAUCUGUUGAACAGACUUUUGGAUGAAGUGUGUUGGGGAAGAAGAUAAAGUUAUAUCUAGGACAACUCUUUGAGUUGGUCCUUCAUAUAAGAAUCAUGACGGUAAGAGAAUAAACACUUGUACUGGGAUCAGAAUACAUGAUGGAUGAAAUUCUUUACAUGUUUUAGCAGAAUGAAUUUGUUUAAUAUAAUAAAGUUUGCUACUUAUCUGUAUGUAGGUUGCUAAAAAGGAUUUUCUUAACUCAGAUUUUAAGCCAAAUAACCAUUUAACACUAGUAUUUGUUAAAUGGGGUAUUUUUCUGUAUUUGUAUGUUUCACUAUAAUAAGGGAAUUAAGGAUAAUGUGCAUUGAGAAUAUUUUGAAAAAUAAUUAAUUGACUCAAAUUUUAUUUCUUGGUCUUUUGCUGUUUAAAUGAUGAUUUUGAAAGAUUAAACUUGUACUGUUGGUAUUGUGUUAGUGUAUGGACCAAUACUGCCUGUAAUAAAGAUUUUAUAUAUAGAUGCCUUUCA